UCGCCGAGUGAGUAUCUCCGAGUACGGGUCCCGCUCUCCGAUCGGGCUACGUUAUGCCAUCCCAAAACCUCUCUGCAUCUGUCACUCAAUACUGGAGGGUACACGGCAGAGAAGACUCAGGGUGGUAUCCACCCAUUGAGCAUUCCUGAUAACCUGGGAUACCUACUUCACAAGGAAUACGUCGACCAGCUGAAAUAUUGUCAGCAUGUCUUAAGACAAAGUUUUCUCGUGUCCUGCACCCGUAACAGACUUAUGUAGAGAAUAGCGCCGCUCACGGCUUGUACUUUUACUUUAGAGAAAUAUUCUCUAUCUACAUUUACGCGGUGGUGAUAUCCUCCAAUCAAAUCACAGCGCGAAUUGAAAACUUUCGGUUAUGACAUGAACCGAAGACACUGGACGAAUUGAUUCUUGUGAUGAGACUAGCACGUGGCGGAAAAGCAAUGGCCGCCGACAGUAGCAGUGUGGACGUCGGCCUCGUGUAACUUCGUCAACAGCACCUAAACAACACAUCACCACUGACAACUCCUCCCUCGGCCCGUCUGUCUAUCUGAGUGAGGAUAUGAGGUGGGGGGCGCCGACUCUUCUCCUUGUUCACGGAUGCUUGUUGUUCCUCCUCUGUCUCCCAUUGGAAACGCUGGGAAAGAAAAGGAAUCGUCAAAAGGCAGGCCAAGACUGUGAGAGGGGCACCCACACAUGCCAUAGGGACGCAGUGUGUCUCAACUCCAGAAGAUCAUACCAGUGCCGCUGUAAAACAGGUUUCUAUGGAAACGGGAAGAUAUGUGUUGACGACGACGAGUGUGAGUUUGAGAACGGCGGCUGUGUACACUCGUGUCAGAACAGUCCUGGCAACUAUUCCUGCAGCUGCCUAGCUGGGUUCGAACUCACCAAAGAUGGCCACGACUGCAAGGACAAGAACGAGUGUUUUGAGAACAAGGGAGGCUGCCAACAGCAGUGUCAGAACACGGUAGGAUCCUACCAAUGCAAGUGUCACGCCGGCUACUCACUGGAGGAGAACGGAAGGAGCUGCAAAUUAGGAACAUAUUGUCGACAGCACCUGGGCUGCGCUCACCACUGCAAAACAACACCCCAGGCAGGCACCAUCUGCGCAUGUCGAGACGGAUACCGGAUACACAAAAAUGGCAAAGAUUGUAUUCAGACUUGCCAGGUCGGCAAUGGCGGGUGCCAGCACAAGUGUCAAGACACCCCGGAUGGUUCAGUGUGUUCCUGCGCUGCUAAAUACGUCUUGAGGGACGACAAGAAGACCUGCAUCGCGUCUUGCGGCGUUAACAACGGGGGCUGUGAGCGUAAAUGUGUUGACACUGCUGACGGGCCUCACUGCACGUGUCCCCGGGGCUAUCAGCUGCAUCAGGACGGCAGAAACUGCCUCGAUGUGGACGAGUGUCUGUCUAACAAUGGCCAAUGCAGUCAUCAGUGCAUCAACACCAGGGGGAGCUACGAGUGCGUGUGUCCGGCAGGGUAUAAGGUCAACAUUGACCAGAAGUCGUGUACAGACAUCGACGAGUGUGCCCUCAACAAUACAUGUGACCACGUCUGUGUCAACACUCCUGGCAGUUUCCAGUGCAACUGUCGCCCUGGUUACCAGAUGUAUGGAUCCACUCACUGUGCAGACAUUGACGAGUGUAGCAUCAACAAUGGCGACUGCGCACAUUCAUGUUCGAACCGUAUUGGUGGUUAUGACUGUGUGUGUCGACCCGGGUUCAAACUCCAUCCCAACAAGAAAGAUUGCAUCGAGUCGGCGAAAUGCAUUCCGUUAUCAAACCCCUCCAAGGCAACGUUGUCAUGCCGCAACGUGGCCGGUGGGGAGCAACAGUGCAGUCUCGCAUGCAACAGGAACGCCAGGUUUACGUCAGGUGUGGCCACCCAGAUCACGUACAUGUGUGGACCAAGCACAGGGUACAUGUGGAACUUUGAACGUAACAACUCCACACUCCCGUCAUGCUCAGAGCUGACGGCACCUCCGGGGUACAAGAGAAAGGCGCGGUUCCUGUUUGUCACAGACAAGUGCCAGUUUAAGAGGUCUUCGACAGAAAUCCUCCGAGCCAGCCUGGCCAACAUUCUCAACAAACAGAAGAAAUUCAAGUGCAGGAAGAAAUGCCAGGUGACCUCUAUAGACAUCAAGUGCGGGUCCAGGCGGAGAAAGUUCUCCAGGAAGGUCCAGGGCAACGGGAAGUCUCUGGUCACGGCCGAGUUCGAACUCCUCAUGAACUCCAGAAAGCCUUCAGGUAACUGUGACAUAGCCUGUGUGGGAAAGCGAACCAAGCGGAAGUUGAAGAAGGCGUUCAAGACGUUGAAGAGAGCGAUCAGGAAGGGGGACCUACCCAUUGGGUUUGCAGGAACACCAUUAGACAUCAUCAAGAAGUCGUUCAGACCCGAGAAGGCGAUUCCUGCCUCCUGCAGCCCCGGUACCAUCAACGUCAAUCAAGUGUGUGUUGGCUGCAGUAUAGGGACCUACUUCGACGCUCAGGAGGGUGGAUGCCGCCCUUGCCCAGGAGGGACUUAUCAGGACACAGAGGGACAGAUGUCAUGUAAGGACUGCCCUAACCGUAGAGUCGGUGGCGGGCGAGUCGGGGCGACAGCAGCGGCAGAGUGUUCAGACCUUUGUGAGCCAGGCUUCUUCUCCAAGAGCGGCAGUAAGCCAUGUGUACCCUGCUCCCAGGGGUACUACCAACCAGACUUCGGCCGGACAACCUGCACCCCCUGCGGGCAUGGCAUGAGGACCCGGGGACCCGCGGCAGCCGAGUUCAAAGCGUGCAGUGCCAGGGCGACAUGCCAGGCCGGUCACUUCUACAACGUCAGCGUCCACCAGUGCCAGAUCUGCCCACGGGGCUCCUACCAGCCUCGUUCUGGUCACAACUACUGCAUCGCCUGCCCGGGGUCGACCACGACGGACGCCCCAGGCUCAACCAGCAGCGGCAACUGUAAAAACCGACUGUGUGGCGGGUACCAGGGACGCUACCAGGGGGUGAUCGAGACCCCCAACUACCCCGGGGAUUACCCCAUCGACAUCCGGUGCACGUGGAAGAUCAAACCCGACAAGAGACGCCGCAUCCUCGUCAUCAUUCCCGAGAUCUACCUGCGCGAGGACGACAAAUGCGGCGACGUCCUCGUCAUGAGGAAAUCUAAGUCCCCAUACAGCCUGACCACGUUCGAGACAUGCAAGAGCAAAGAUCAACCGAUCGCCUUCACUGCUCGCUCCAAGAAACUGUGGAUUCAGUUCAAGUCGGACGGCAACAACACAGCCAAAGGAUUCUCCAUACCAUUUGUCACAUACAACGAGGAAUACCAGACCCUCAUUGAAGACAUCGUCCGCGACGGCCGUCUCUACAACUCCUAUCAACAUCAACAAAUAUUCAAGGACCGGAAGCUUCUGAACGCGCUCCUAGAGGUGAUCGCCCAGCCCUACAACUAUCUGAAAUACGUAAACGUGUCCCAUACGAUGUUCCCACAAUCCUUCUUCCGGCUUCUCACGCCCAAAGUUCGGCGAUUCUUCAACACAUGAUGAGACCGCGACGACGCUCGGAGCAAGGAGAAUGUGCAUUACUCAUAGGAAUAUUUUCAUGCGAUGUGAUCAUGUGACAUCACGUGACCUUGACCUCAUGCUGCUCCAAGCAGACUGGAUUUCAUAGCCUUCCGGUGGCAAAGGUCAUCCAAGGGAGGCAACUCAUCCUCAUUUGUAUCAGUGUUGUGUCAUAAAAGAUGUCCUAGGCCGUACAGUGUGGGACGUUUAAUUGUUGAGUUGAGGAAAUGACUCCUGUAGUUGGUACAAUUGAGCACGUGACUUACUAUACGAAAGGAGACGGUAUACGAGAGUAUACCAAUUGGAGACUUGUUCAGUGUUCAUGUGAAAUCCUUGGAAGCGUUGCCAUAGAAACUAUAUGCCAUAAGAAUUGGUUAUACAUGGUAACGCUCUGUCGCGGUUGACGUAAAGGCAUUUUAUAUCCCGUGUAUGGAUGGGUGGAGAUUUAGAGCUGUGUGUAGCUGUACCCCGCGAGCAACAGUAACUGGCUUUCGCCUUAACUGGGUGUUCAAGUACUGGCGCUGCUAGUUGCACGGAGAAUGAAUCGGUGAACAUACGAUAUGCAUAUAUUCAUCUCGUUCUAGCUUAAAAAGCACAGUAGCCAUAAGUCAUGUCUACAUACCUACCCUCGACCUGCAAUAGAGACGUAGGGUUUUGGAUGGGGGUAGUGGUUUAGUCCCGAUCCGACACAGUGGUUAUGGGGUUUGGGACACCUUAGGAUCAAAUCGCUUUAUAGUCAUUACACCUAACGCAUUUAAAGGAAACCUUAAAGAUACAGUUACUCAGAAUAUUAUUUCUGUGCAAAUACAACUUAAAGUUGAUGCCAGAUGUCAGAAAUUCUACAUUCAGAGAACGUGUAAUAUGUUUAAUGGUUAUGAGAGCAAAGUUUCUUUCUUUUGAGAUUCUCUACAUUAGACAGGUAUGCUGGGUAAAGGGCGUCGUGUUUUUUUGUGUUGUGUCUUAAUUCCCAUCCGACCGUGGAAAUGGGUUUUACAAACACCAAGAAUAAAAGUUUCAGUCAUGCAUUUUGUUGCGUAUAACGAUUCAGCAAUGAAAGUAACGAGAUGUGUUUAAAGGGUAAAGUGACGCCCUAUCCGUCACCCAUUUUGAACUGGACUACAAUGAAUGACACAUUAUUGAAAGAAAAUGCACUAAAACUGGUAAUGUUACAGUGUUACGUAGUUUUUGUUUUAUCAGAAUACUACGGUUCGGACCUGGGGAUAUCGUUGCUUUGAAAGACAAGUUGUUUAAAUUGGUAUUUGAAUAGGACGUCCUUGUAGCUGGGCGUACGGGAAGCUUUUUGUUUAUGUUUUAAUCUGGUGCUGAGCGCUUUCCUUUUAUUUUAAUAGGUCUGGUAUCAACCGUUAAACACCGUUUGACUAACAACCCACACCAACGCAUAAUCACAAUGUUUGAAAGGAAAGAUCUCUAACCCAGUGAAUCAUCUAGGUGCGGCCAUUUUUAAUGUACGCACCUUCACAUAAUACUGAUCCCCAGACAAGACGGUUUACACCUACUUCGUAAGUUAUCCGAUUUUCAAAACGAGUUCAUCAUGUUGGGGUAACGACACUUUUUCAAUUUCUUGUUCAUCAGUGUAAACGGUUUCAAUAGAAGUACAGUCUAACAGAAACAUACAUAUGCUGCACCUAGUGUGUUGAUAAAUAUGGUUUCCAUGGCAACAUGUUGAUGAAUAUGUUUCCAUGACAACAUAUUGAUAAAUAUGGUUUCCAUAACGACAUGUUCAUUAAUGUACCUGUUCAUGGUUGAUGAAAAUGGUUUCCAUGACAAGGUAUUGAUGAAUAUUGUUUCCAUGACAACGUAUUGAUGAGUAUGGUUUCCAUAACAAAAUGUUGAUAAAUAUAGCUGUUGAUGGUUGGUGGAUAUGUUUUCGUGACAAGAUGUUGAUGAAUAUGGUUUCCAUGACAACAUGUUGAUGAAUAUGGUUUCCAUGACAACAGAGCUGUGUGAUAGGUUGUUGGAACUCGUGGUCCGCUUACCCCUGAAAUGAUAUCUUUAUUUGUAGCUUUACAAUAUAAGUGCUUCAAGCUGUGUAAUAUACUGAAUAAGUGAAUGCAUUAAUUUGUAGGACAUUGGCUUUACAGUAAGUGUAUAUUUUUAUUGUUAUAUAUUUUGCUUAUCUAUCUGUGUGUACAUGCUUGUCAAAUCUCGAUGUAUUUAAUAUAUGUAUUGUCCCAAAUCUGUAUGUGCAAAUUGUUCAGUGAAAUAUCAGUUGAUGUUUAGCUUCUGUCAAUGUCAGAUUAUUCAGUUUCACCCAUAUAUGACCCAUCUAGUUUGCAGCGAGACUGGCUUUCGUGUUCAAUAAAACUACAUUUGAGAGUCCUGAAAAGAUAAAUAUCAUGUUUUCCAGAUUAAUAUAUAACAAAAAACGCACACUUUUCAAAGUUUUCCAGGGCUUGAAUUAUUUUUCAAAACUCCACUGGACACAUGUCCACUAAACUUUCAAAAUCCACUUGACCAAAUAUAUAUUUCACUUGACCACAAUUAGCAAUUUGGUUUCUUUUGCAAAUAAUCUUUAUCAAUUAUAAACAACAGACAAUUGCAUUUUUAUUUCAUCAUCAAAAUACAUAUAUCAAAACAUUUCAGUAGUUUGGCACUACUGUGCCACGGUAAAGUUUAAUGUGGAUAUUUACUUGACCGACCGGAGAAUUCCGCUUGACCAGGGCGUCGGGCAAUGGUAUUUUUCAACCCCUGUUUAAUUUCAAACUGUUGAAAAAAUAUAAUAACUCUAUAAGGUAAUGUCAUACAAAUCAAUCCAAUCAAAGAAAGAACAUGGAGUUGUCGGUAUAGUUUUACCCAGUGUUUGUAGUGUUUCAGUAAUUGUAUCGAGAGAUGCAUGCAGACUCACACGCUCAAGGCCUCCUCCAAUACAUAUCAUAUGGUAUUGAAAACAAUGGAGGAACGCAUAUCUGGGCGGACUAGAAUCCUGCGAUCACGGGCUCGAAUCACAGAUUUGCUCUGGUAAUGGGUGUGGUUUUUGAGCAUCAUGACUUUUUCACAGAUCCAGCAGUGUGUAGAUGUCUACCUUCUACAUGUCUGUAAACGGUUAUAACGUAAAAACGGUUCUAAACAACGGUAAGCCAAACUACCAACUUCAGAACCAACUCGCACACUCUAACAUCGCACAAUACCCUAUCUUGUUUGGAACCGGAAACAUGUGUUUCAGUCGGAGUAUAUUCAAGCAGGUGUCAGAUAUUAUCAUAUCAAACUUUGAUUUUGCAGGGCUGAAAUGUUUUUGAAUCAUCUUAUAUAUUUUCCAGCGUGUUUGGUUCCGGGACGCGUCCAUUUUGAACUGUUGAUGUUUACUUAGUAUAAUAGAUGUAUUGGAACAUAGCAAAAUGACAUCUCUCUCAGAUCCUUCAGGGAAGUCCAGAAGCUUUGGGCGUUCACAUAAACAUUUCAGUUAUCGAUGAAACUGAGAUAAUUUGCGUCAGUUGUUAAUUAAGGGAGUUGAAGUCCACCCUCUACUUAACACUGCUGUGCAGAGGGUUCACCCCCGCCCUUGUGGUGGCGUGGUGGAAAUUUCCUGAUACCAACAGUCUUCGUGAAACUAGAUGGGUCACGUGACCUCGUGUACAUUGCACCCUGCUAACAAAACCCUGAACUAGAUCUUAUUGUUCUCACCAAUAAAUACUGAGUAAAUCUCGAA